AUGUCUUCAAGUAUUAAUCAUUACAAGUAAAUUCUUAAUUAAAUAAUAGAUAUAUAUGUGCUUCAAGCUAAAAUACAAUAUUAGAUUCAGAAACAGUGGAUGUCUCUGAUGUUGAAAAUUUUCAUGCAUUAGAAAUAAAAAGUUUAGAUUAUCUUUUUGUAUGCAAAAAAUCUUCUUAAUGUCUCUACUUAGUCUCAUGUAUUGAUAGCUAAGAAAAAUAUUUUCUAAAUACAGAAAAAGAAAUCACAGAUUUUGUUCUUGCAUAUUUUCCACAUUAAUAUUAUUUAAUAAUAAUCCAAAAUAAAGAGUUAAUACAAUUUUACAAAAUUGAUUACUAAUAUCAAUUUACACUAUCUAAUGAACUCAAGAUAGAAGGAUUAUAAUAACCUAAAUUAUAUUGUUCAUAAUAAAUUGGAGCUAUUUUAAUUGAUAAUUCAUAAAUAUAUCUAAUCUAAUUAGACAAUAAAUUCGUCAAAUCCUAACUCAAAUAGGCUGCAAAAUAAGUGAUUAUAACAAGAUGUUUAAAAUACAUCUUUAUUUUAACUCAAGAUUCUAAAUUAUAGGUUCUUAAUUCCAAAUCUUUAUAAGUAAUAAAUGAACAUAAUCUUAAAUAUACAGAAUCUGAACCUUUAAAAUUUUAAUUAUUUGAACAUAAUAAUCAAAUAGCACUUUUUACAAUUACAUCAUAAAAAAGGAUUAUUUUUUGGACUUUUGACAAAGAAGAUUUGCAUACAUCAAGUCUAUUACCAAGUGAGUCUGUUAAAUUUAAAUUCAAUUUAAGGUAAUAAAUAUUUAAUUAAUGUGAAGCAAGUAACAAGUAGAAUUAAUUGAUUUUUAAAUAGAUUCAACACAGAACUUUCUCUUUAUUUUAUAUCAAACUUAAGAUAUGAUUGUAUAAAUUUAUAUAGCAUAACUAAUUUAAUCUGAAGUAAUUAAAUUAAUUAUACUUUAGAGUUAGAAAAAAGAAUAGAGUAAAAUUAAGCAUAUUAAGAAAUUUGUUAAAGAAGGAUCAGCCUCUGGAUUUUUCAUUUAAUUUAUAAUACCUCCUGAAUAGACAUCAAAAUUUUUAAAUGGAGAAAAUAAAUGUCAAUCUGAAAAAGAAUAUUUAGAAUUUUAAUAAGGAUUUAAAGAUUUCUAAAAUUAAGAAUUGGAAUUGACAGAUCAUGAAUUGCCUUAUAUAUUUGGAUUACAAUCUGAAAAAAGAGAUAAAAUUUUAAUGGGUUGGUUUUACAGUGAUCUUGGACUUGAUGCAGUUCAACCUGAAAAUUUACUCUAGCUUUAUGAUUAAAAUACUUCUAAAAAAAAAGGUUCAAGUAUAAUUUAAUAAUCUCAUUUAAUUCCACCUCCUUAUAUCAAGGAAGAGGAUAUUUAAUAAUUAUAGUAGUAAUAAUAAUGGGAAAAUAAUAGCAUUAAUAAUAAUUAAAAUUAUAGUAGUUAGAAUCAAAUUGACCCAGUAGCAAAGGCAAAUGAAAUUAUAGAAAAUGAAUUAAUUCCAAAAGUUUAACAGUGUUAAUAACAAUAAUAAUUUUAAAUUAUAAGCAAUGAUGUCAAAAAAGAUUUAAUAGAAGAUAUAACAUUCAUUUUUGAUAUUAAAGAUUUAAUAGAAACAUAAGUAAAAAAGGAAAUUGAUAAACAAGGAUAGAAUGAUUAAUAAGCAUUACUUAAAUUAGAAUUAUAAUUUAAAUAGGACUUAUCUUAAUUAGAAACUUAGAUGGAAAAUGUAGUUACACAAAAUUUAGAGUUAUAUUAAUAAACAUGUGAGAAUUUUCUUAUGGAUAAUUUUAAUUAAGCUUAUUUUGAGUAAUUAAUCGAUGAAAGAAUAGCAAGUCAUUUAAAAUUGUUAGCAAAUUAAUAAAUAACAUAAACUGAAGUAAAUAUUAAUUUUAUUAUAUAAGUGUACAUAAUUAAUUUAAAAUACUACUAAUGAUUAUUUAAAAGAUCAAAUAGGUUAACUCUACUAAGUUGAAUUGGCUAAAAUGUCUUAGGGAGUAGUUUUGAUCUUUGAAAAAGUAAUUUAAUAUUUCAAUGAUAUGUAAUACAUAGACCAAACUAAAUUAUAAAAUUUUAAUAGUUUUAUUGAUAGUGUUACACAACAAUUUUACACUUUAAGUAAAAAUAUAGCUUAAUUGGCUGAAAAUAAUAGGCCAGGAUAAGAUGCUAUAUAUAAAUUAGAUUAAUUGAUAUAAUAAACUGAAUAAAUGGCAAAACAAUAUGAAGAUGUGAAGAAAGGUAUGAAAUAAGCAGAAUUAUAAUAAUAAUAAUAAUAAUAAUAGAAUUAAUUAUAUUCAAAUGAUGAUAGAUUAUCAAAGAUAGAAGAGCAUAUUAUGAAAUUAAGAGAUGAUUUAUAAAUGUUAACUUAGAAUUAAUAAGCUUAAAUCAAACCAAUGGUAGGAAUGGAUUUAUUUACUAAAGGAUUGGUUGCUUAAAUAUCAGAAUUAUAGAUAAAAGUAACAAAUAAAGAUAUGAGUUUGCCAUAAAUUUAACAAAUCUUGAGUUAAAUGUUAUUACAAUUUUAAUAAAUUGUAUUUAAAGUUGGAUCAUGA